AUGCGACAUUUAACAGAGGAUUUAUUUGUUGGAGGUGAUGGUAAUGAGUCGGUGAUUUUCCGAUUGGAUAUCGAUGGCUUGAUAGACAAGGAGAAAUCUCUAGGAUACUGUGAUAAUGUUGUUGAGGUUGUUAGUGAGCUGAAAGGAAGUUUUUAUUCUCUGAUUUCGGAUUAUUACCUUGUAACGUCCCGUGCAAAUAAGGAUGGGAAACGAGAGGAUCAUUAUGUGUAUGAUUGGAGAAGUGGGAGGAUGGUUUUUAAUUUGAUUGGAUUUCCUGCAGGUAGAAUUCUUUCGUUUGUUGCAAUUUAUAAGAAUGGCUAUUGUGUGGCGAUGAGUUCAGAUCAAACAGAUGGUGGUAAUUGUAAAAUACACUUGAUUAACAUGAUGGAAAAGAAGAAGGAAAGGAUUUAUAUUCAAUACUCAAUCAAACAUUCAGCUAGGGAAGGCUUUAUGUGUCUAACAACUUUUGAAGCUACUGGAAAUAGAAUAGUUAUGAUACUAUCAGAAAAACCACAUGUUUUCAAAUGGGAUUUGAAGGCAGGAAAAUUGAGGGAGGAAUAUGUGAUUGAGGAUCUUCCUUUUUGUUUUACAGGAUGUAUGAUUGAUAAGGAUAUUGCUGUGUUUCAAGGCAGCAACACUUUAGUUUACAAUUUAGAAACAAAACAAUUACUGAAAAAUAUUCCAAAUGUUGUACGUACUGAUAUUCAACAUGUUGGAUUGGAUUCAUUAUGGUUAGUUAGAUCUAAUUUUUUAAAUUAUAAAAGUGGAGAAAUAGUAGAGAUGCCCUAUAAGAGUGCAGACUAUAGCUCACUUUUCCAAUACAAAGAUAAACUAUUGGUAUUAGGUCAUAAGAAAUUCGGUGUUGUUACUGAAGUGACUAAGGUUCUUAAAGAAGUUCACUCCAUACAGGAGUUCAAUAAGAAGGCACUUGCCAUAUUUUCAGAUAUUAGAGUAAUAAAUCAAAAUUGA